AAGAAAUGGCACUUUGAGUUUCAAUUACAGGCCGACUCAAGCAAUUGGAAAAAGGACAAUUUAUCACCAUCUGCUUGGAUAUUCUACCGCAGAAUUUUUCUCGUUUCAUUCAUCAAAAUUAUUAUUUUUCUGUCCAUAAAAAUUACAAGAAGAUUAAGUAAGGGAGGAAAUGAAUUUUCAAAAUUUGAAUCGUUUGAACGCCCUCGCAAACAUGAUUUCGGGAAAUUUUUUACCGAUGACCAAUAUAAAUGAGAGAUCGUCCAUGGUUUCGAAAAUCUAUUUCGUCAUCGUUUGGAUAAUACAAUUGAUAUACCUGGCUGCCUGUAUUCUCGGACUUUUCAAUGUACCGUGGGAAAGAGCUUUAAAGGAUGGUACAGUGAACAUGGUGCUCUUGUUCGAAGUGAUCAUCUUGAACAUAUAUUUACAUAGACGUAAAAAGUUGUUGCGUGAAUUAAUCGGGAAGCUGAAUCACAUUCUGAUCAAUGAAGACGAAAUAUUUCGAAACGUGACAAUUAGCACGACGAAAACAUUGGAAAAACCUUUAAAAAUGUAUAUAUUUGUUAACGUUACUUCGCUUAUGGUUUGGAUAUCAUCGCCGUUUAUCAAAGUGUUUCAAAAAAAUGAGUUUUAUUACGAGGAUUUUACAAUGCCAGCCGUUUUAUCCAAGCAACCUUUUUCAACAGGUGUUUUUAUUUGUGGCGUUUUCCUUCAAUUGUUUGGCAGUGAAUAUUUGUUAUUUAGGAAGAUUAGCUUAGACCUGUACACGAUGCAUUUGAACCUUUUAAUAACGACACAAUACAAAUAUCUUAGAAUCAAAUUUGCGACUAUACUUAAAGAAAAGGGUGAAAUUGCAAAGGAUACUUGGAAAAAUAUCCCUCACGACAAUGAUAAAACGAUCAGACAAGAAAUGAAGUUGUUAACCCGCCAUUUUGAAACUGUAAUCGAGAUGACUGGUAUGUUGAAGAAAUUGCUUUCUCCGAAUAUUGGAGUUCUUUACUUAAACUACGUUUUUCGAUUCUGCUUUCUCAGUUUUAUGUUUGCAACGACUUCACUUUCAGAAAAGCUUACGUAUACGAUAAUCGUAUCAUAUACAACUGGUGCAUUGAUACAAUUUUAUAUAUUGUGUUAUUGCAUUCAAGAUUUAUUUGAAGCGAGUUCAUCUAUAGCAGAUGAUGUGGUGUAUGAAAAAUGGUACUCUUAUGAUGUACGCUUUCAACGUGUAAUUCUUAUGAUAAGUUUGGCUAACGAAUUAAAGUGUAAAAUAUCCAAUUUUCAAAAUAUUGAUUUAACGUUACCAUCUUUCAUGACGAUUCUAAACCAAGCAUAUUCGAUAUGUUUAUUAUUUUUAAAAACAAAACAAGAUUAA